UUCUGAUUGAAGUUGAAACCCAAUUGUUGAGUCUUCAUUCCUUCAGUUGGAGACGGAGUUCAUCGGAGAAAACCACAAAUCUUUGUGGAAUCACUCUCUUCUUUCCCUCCGCUGCAGCUGCAUUCGAUGGCUCCGAAACCUGUUACGAUUCCCGUCCCCGAAGUGUGGUGCUCAACCCUUGCGGUCUCAAUUGUCGCCGUUCGCCUCAUUGUUGCUGCUCCGUUUUUCAUCUAUAAAGCUACAUCUUCUAGGAAUAACCGUAGUCUGGCCGAGGAACUUGCUAGAGGAGCACUUGCCUCUGUUUUCUUGAUUGGUUUGGAAAUGGCAGAAAGAAAGCCAGUGGCAGAGGCAGGUCCUAAAUAAAGACAGUGACAUGGACCCUCCCUUCCGUUUCUCAUGCUUCAAAUACUUAUAUAGCACCUCGUCCUUGCAGCGUAGCUUACUAUUCCAUCAAAAUUGUUGUCUUUGCCUCACUUGUUCUCUUUCUGCCUGUUUUCUUCCUCAAAAGAGAGAUAGAGAGAAGAGAAGAAGAAAAAGAAGAAUAAGAAAUCCAUCCUCUUUCCACUGCUUUCACUGACUGAAAAUGAAAAUAUAUGUUAUCUAUGCACGAGAGUGAGAUACGGUACAAAUUGCAUUGAGGAGCAGAGGAGCUGGGUUGCAAAAUUUUCAGAAUGUCAAAGUGUGUGCUGUUGUUUUUGGGUUUGCUUUCAUGGGUUUGUUAUGCGAUGGCCACUGUGACUUAUGACCAGAAAGCCAUCAUCAUUAAUGGCAAGAGAAGAAUUUUGGUUUCUGGCUCUAUUCAUUACCCAAGAAGCACACCCCAGAUGUGGCCGAGCCUUAUACAAAAUGCCAAAGAUGGAGGGUUGGAUAUUAUAGAGACAUAUGUAUUCUGGAAUGGCCAUGAACCUACUCAGGGCAAGUAUUAUUUUGAGGAUAGAUACGAUUUGGUGAGAUUUAUAAAGCUGGUUCAACAAGCAGGCUUAUAUGUUCAUCUCCGGAUUGGUCCAUAUGUCUGUGCAGAAUGGAACUAUGGUGGAUUUCCAAUUUGGCUAAAGCAUGUUCCUGGCAUCGUCUUUAGGACAGAAAAUGAACCCUUCAAGGCGGCUAUGCAAAAAUUCACUGAGAAGAUUGUUGGUAUGAUGAAGUCGGAGAAGUUAUAUGAAAGCCAAGGAGGACCCAUUAUUUUGUCUCAGAUUGAGAAUGAAUAUGGACCCGUGGAAUGGGAAAUAGGUGCCCCUGGUAAAUCUUACACCAAAUGGGCUGCUCAAAUGGCAUUAGGUCUUGACACUGGGGUCCCAUGGGUGAUGUGCAAGCAAGAGGAUGCCCCUGACCCUGUGAUUGACACCUGCAAUGGGUUUUACUGUGAAAACUUCAAACCAAACCGGGAAAAUAAACCCAAAAUAUGGACAGAAGUUUGGUCUGGUUGGUACACUGCGUUUGGUGGCGCAGUUCCUUAUAGGCCAGCUGAAGAUUUAGCCUUUUCAGUUGCAAGAUUUGUACAGAAUGGUGGUUCUUUAUUUAAUUAUUAUAUGUACCAUGGAGGAACUAACUUCGGCCGAUCCAGUGGGCUUUUCAUCGCCAAUAGCUAUGACUUUGAUGCUCCGAUCGAUGAAUAUGGCCUUAAAAGGGAACCAAAAUGGGGACACCUGAGAGAUUUGCACAAAGCUAUCAAGUUGUGCGAACCUGCUUUAGUAUCAGCAGAUCCUAACGUCACAUGGUUAGGAAAAAAUCUAGAGGCUCGUGUCUUCAAGUCAAGUUCAGGGGCAUGUGCUGCUUUCCUAGCAAAUUAUGAUAUAUCAACUUCUUCCAAAGUCAGCUUUUGGAAUACCCAAUAUGACCUACCACCUUGGUCCAUCAGCAUCCUCCCUGAUUGCAAAUCUGCAAUUUUCAACACUGCAAGAAUUGGGUUUCAUGGUACACACAUGAAGAUGACGCCGGUUAGUUCAUUUUGGUGGCUUUCGUACAAAGAAGAAGUUGCGUCUGGUUAUGCUACUGAUACAACAACCAAGGAUGGGUUAGUGGAGCAAGUAAGUGUCACCUGGGAUACGACAGAUUACCUGUGGUACAUGACAGAUAUAAGGAUUGAUCCGAACGAAGGCUUCCUCAAGGGUGGACAGUGGCCUCUUCUCACCAUCUUUUCAGCCGGCCAUGUCUUGCAUGUUUUCAUAAAUGGCCAACUAACCGGAACUGUAUAUGGGUCGUUGGAGAAUACUAAAUUAACAUUCAGUAAACACAUUAAUCUAAGGGCAGGAGAUAACAAGCUUUCCAUGCUGAGUGUUACUGUCGGUCUUCCGAAUGUUGGCCUGCACUUUGAGAGUUGGAAUGCUGGCGUUUUAGGCCCGGUUACGUUAAAGGGUCUGAAGGAGGGUACUAGAGACAUGUCUAGAUAUAAAUGGUCUUACAAGGUUGGCUUGAAAGGAGAACUCAUGAAUCUUCAUUCCGUCAGUGGAAGUGAUUCUGUUCAAUGGGCGAAAGGAUCAGGGUUGGUUCAAAAACAACCCCUCACAUGGUACAAGACCACUUUCAAUACCCCGGGAGGCAAUGACCCAUUAGCUUUAGAUAUGAGCAGUAUGAGUAAAGGUCAAAUAUGGAUUAAUGGUCGAAGCAUCGGGCGCUAUUGGCCUACAAAUACUGCACGUGGUGGUUGUGGGCAAUGCAAUUAUGCUGGAAUCUUUACUGAGAAAAAAUGUCUUUCUAAUUGUGGACAGCCAUCCCAGAAAUGGUAUCAUGUUCCCCGCGAAUGGUUGAAACCGAGCGGCAACUUAUUGAUAGUUUUUGAAGAGUUGGGUGGCAAUCCUGGGGGAAUUUCUUUGGUUAAGAGAUCCAUGUAGGACUCGUUGGGGGAAUUUCUUUGGUUAAGAGAUCCAUGUAGGACUCAGUUUCGAAACAAGGAAGGCGAAAAUGAGAUAAAGGGCAACAUGAAGAAGCUUUUAGUUCAUGUCCGACCAAUAUUUAAAUUUUUGUGGCUUUAGCAGAUCACAUGUAGAUAGAAAAACUUUCUUUGGGUUCACAAUUUUGAUCCUGGAUUCACACCAAUAUUUAUUUAUUUGUGGCUUUUGUAACGAUUUGAUCAUUUUCCGAGGUUGCAAUGUUCAAUGGAAUACGUGUUAAUGGAAUA